GAGACGGGAAAGAAAAACAACUGAUUAGGAUAAUCAAUUGAUUGUAAUUACAAAGUUAACAUUUUGGUAGACAAUUGAUUUGAUUGUUGAAAACAUAUCAAAAGGGAGAAAGGAAAACAAAUGACAAUUAACGAUUCUAAUUAAGAUUAUCUUGGAUUAAAGUUAAUCAAAGGAAACAAAAGAGACGAGAUUAAGAUCACUUUUCUAUAAAUAAUUUGAUUGUUAAUUAACUGGAAACAAAUGAAGAUGCUUUUUAAUUGUGAUUAGUUUAUUUUGUUUUGCGUUCUCAAACUAAACUAAAGGUUUACAGUUCUGAUCAACAAUCAACCAUUGAAAUCAAGGGAAACUUCAGCUUUAAACAACAAUUAACCGGUAGUUUUAAUAGCUGGAUAGUUAAUUUACUUUCUAACAGUGGAAUUGAAAAGUUAAUUGUUGACAAUUAACAGAAAAAAAAAUGUCUUCAUUGAAGGAAAUAUCGAGUAUCAAAUUGUUCAAUGGUUACCAGAAGCGAUACUCACAUUACAGUUUCACCAAUGAUUGGGAGAUGAAAUUUUCAAUCUAUUUACCGCCUAAGGCAUUGAAAGGUGACCAGUGCCCAGUGAUGUUAUGGUUAACUGGACGUACCCUUGGUGAAUGGGGGUUCACCAAUAAAUCGGGAAUCCAACGAUUCGCAGCCAAAGAGGGUAUAAUUAUCGCAGCACCGGAACCAACACCAAGAGGAAUUGAGGUUAAAGGUGAAGAUGGUGAACUACCUUAUGGGUCACAGUUUGGUUACUAUGUUGAUUCAACGGUUGACCCCUGGUCGAAACAUUAUCAAAUGUAUUCUUACAUUGUCAAUGAAUUCUAUCAACUAUUAACUUCAACCAAUUUUCCAGUGAAAUCAAAUUUAAUCGGACUUUCAGGUCAUUCGAUGGGAGGAACAGCGGCCAUACCGAUUGCCCUUCGAAAUCCUGAUAAAUUUGUCUCGGUCACCUCAAUGUCCGGUGAUUAUAAUCCAAUCGCAACUGAAGGUGGUUCCAAAAUUUUAUCCACUUAUUUAGGUGAAAACAAAGAUAAUUGGGAAAAUUAUGAUUCGACAAAAGUUAUCAACAGUUACACUGGACCGGAAAGAACCAUUUUCGUCGAUUUGGGUGGUUCUGAUCCGGUUCUCGAUGAUUUCUCUCAGGCCCCUUUACUUAAGGCCUGCAGGGGAACCAAUAUCUCACUUGAUUACAGGAUUCGCCAUGGUUAUCACCAUGCAUAUGAAUUUAUUCAAACCUUCAUUGAGGAUCACUUAUUAUACCAUAAAAAAAUUUUCUCCACUUUAAUUUAACAUCAAUUGGACCAAUUAACUAAUUGUGAUAACUAAACAAACCAAUAGAAAACAUUAGAUACAAUUAUUGGUUUUGAUUGUGAUUCUGGUAACAAUUUAAACGAUCCAUUGAUUAAACAACAAGUAAACAAUUAUCUUUAAUCAAUUGCUUUUGUAUUCUCAUCACAAUUAGAUAACAAUUAAGUUUGAUGAUCAAAAAUAUCUUUGCCAACUGAUCAUUUAUUUAGCAAUUUUUUUUUUCAUUCUGCUUUUCUUAUUAUAUUAAAUUGUUAACCUUUACAUUAGUGAUGAUGAUUAUAAUUAAAUCGUUAAUUAUUAUAACAAUUAAGUGGCACAGUCGAUGGAAAUUGAUAAUUUAAUUGUUUCAUUUUUCCUUGUAGUAUUUUGAUUAGUUUAAUUGUUUGAAAGAUUAAAAUCAAAUCAUUUGUAUUUGUUUUUUUUUU